AUGUCUUCAGAGUCUGUCAGAAAUCCACAACGCAAUCUUCUUCCCAAGCAACCACUUUCGAAGCCACCCAGGCAGGUACCUUUCCUGCUGAACCCCAGCUCUACAGGCGCAGAAAUACAAUUCCAACUGCCAAGCCAUCUCAAGCCCGCUGGGACUGCCAAAUUACAAGCGAAACGUGUACCGGAGCGUGAACUUCGUGUUAUUGAAUUCGAUGCGUCGCGGAUUCCCCAGCCUUUUCUAGACGGGGAAAAGGUGCUUCAGAGCAUGAUAAGUCUACGAACGGGGAAGAAAGAGGACCAUGGCCAUCAGUCAAUGGUGACAAGAUAA